UGUGUGUUUGUGAGAGAGAAGAUAGAGAUCGCUGCGAUCCGUUUCUCACUCACACCAGCAGCAGCAGCACCAGCUCGGACCUUAUAAACUCUCCAUCCCAAAUCCUGGAACAUAAGACCGAGAAUCGUGAAAUCGGACAUAAUGUGGAUUUAUCAAGCUCUUCUGUUCGUCGUACUUUCUGUGGAAGUGGAGUGCAGGAAACAGACAUUGCAAAGGUAUCAGAAAAGUGAAAACAGCCGGCUGCUUUGUACAGACUGUCCGGAAUCACCUCGGAGUAGAAGCCUCUCACUGGAUGACUGCGCACACAAAUGCAGCAAGAGCAAGAAGUCCUGCAGGGCAUUCUACUUUGACCACAUAAACAGGAAAUGUCACUUACUUCCCUUCGACCGUUUCUCUGAAGGCGCAAAAAGAGAGCGAAAACCCAAUUAUGACCUUUACGAGAAGAAAGACUAUGUGAGAGAGUGCAUCAUUGGGUCAGGUGUCAACUACAAGGGAAGAAGGUCAUUCACAAAGACUGGAAUUACGUGUCAAGCUUGGAAUAUGUCCAUCCCACAUGAACACAAUUUCAAGCCUGCCAGGCACAAAAAGUUCGACCUGCGACAGAACUUCUGCCGAAACCCAGACAAUGAUCCAAGUGGACCCUGGUGCUUCACUGAACUCACUGAGACGCGGCACCAGGAAUGUGGGCUUCCCCAGUGUUCAGAAGUGGAGUGUAUGAAGUGUAAUGGGGAAACAUAUAGAGGGCCCAUGGAUCACACAGAGAGUGGGAAAGAGUGCCAGAGAUGGGACUCACAGAAACCUCAUAAACACACCUACCAGCCUCACAGGCAUGUAGGUAAAGGCCUGGAUGACAACUACUGCCGCAAUCCCAAUAAUGACGUGCGUCCCUGGUGUUACACGAUGGACAAAAACACACCAUGGGAGUACUGUAACAUCAGUGUGUGUGGCUCAGAUAAUGAUGUGGAAGUGGAGGUGACCACCUCUUGUUUUCAGGGUCAGGGAGAGGGUUACAGGGGUACAGUCAAUGUGACCCCUGCAGGAGUGACCUGUCAGCGCUGGGACGCCCUCUUUCCUCACAACCAUUCAUACACACCACACAACUAUAAAUGCAAGGAUCUCAGGGAGAACUUUUGCAGAAACCCUGAUGGCUCUGAAAUUCCCUGGUGUUUCACAACAGACCCAAAAGUGCGCAAAGCUUUCUGUACCAACAUCCCCAGAUGUGAGUCAGAGAGCUUUGACAGCACAGAAUGUUAUGAAGACAAUGGGGAGAGUUACCGUGGUAAUUUGUCGAAAACAAGAUCUGGGAUUCCUUGUGGGCUGUGGUCCGACCACACACUCAGGAGAGACACGCAGUCAGCGAAGGCCAGCGCGGGCUUAGAGUUGAACUUGUGCAGGAAUCCAGACCGAGAUAAGCAUGGGCCAUGGUGUUACACGUCCAACUCCUCUAUUCCCUGGGACUACUGCGGACUAGAGCGAUGUAAAUCAGUGUCAAUUGAUGACCAUCAAAAGAGUGAAGGACCAAAACCAUCUUGUUUUAUACACAAGACCACACGGAUUGUUGGGGGGAUGCAGGUGCAGCGGGCUGAGGAUGGAAGCUGGGUGGUCAGCAUUCAGAAAGGGAACAGACAUUGGUGCGGUGGCUCUCUCAUCAGAGAGGAAUGGGUUCUGACUGAUCAGCAGUGCUUCUCUACCUGCGUUCCUGACCUCUCGGAGUACACCGUGCAGGUGGGGCUUCUGCAUCUCAACGCGUCCACCAGCACACAGGGUCUCCGGAUCGCACAUGUGGUCUGCGGGCCUGAGGGCUCCAACUUGGCCCUGCUCAAACUCACGACGCCUGCCCCGCUCUCUGAGCAUGUGCGAACUGUGCUACUUCCUGUCGCAGGAUGUGCCAUUGCAGAAGGCACCUACUGCCUCAUGUACGGCUGGGGAGACACUAAAGGCACGGGUCAUGAGGGCAGCCUGAAGAUGGUGGGGCUUCCGAUUGUCAGCAACAAGAGGUGUUCUCAAAGCCACAAAGGUAUUCUGCCCAUCACAGAGACUAAGAUCUGCGCUGGAGGCAAGAGAGACCAAGGUGUUUGUGAGAAAGACUACGGUGGCCCAUUGGUGUGCCAGGAAGGCGAGAGCAAGGUCAUAGUGGGUGUGAGCAUCAACGGCCGCGGAUGUGCCGUCGCCAGGCGUCCUGCCGUCUUCGUCAAUGUGGCUUUCUACUCUGAAUGGAUCCGCAAAGUCUUCAAAUACUAUUCAGACAUGGAAAUAAGUUACUAGAUUAUUAUAAUUUCCACAGAUGUGGUGAAUAGAACUCAUGGUGCGUUACGGUUUUUAGCAUCUACAGCAUGAAGACCAAAGGAGGCCAGAGUUUGGUUUGUUUUUUAGCUUAAAUUAAAACCACUAGUAUGGAAAAGGUGCAAGGCAAGAAUAUCUGAUGUUUUUGCAAACAAACAGCAAAAAUCUGACUUUUUUAUUUUUUUUAACCAACAAAUGAAGGAAAUGACAACUUCUGAACUCUCUGGGAGAUUGUUGUGGCUGGUGAUUUAGCCCUCAUAAAUUAAGGACAGAUGGAUAAAUGACGGAAGAAAAACAAUUAGAAGAAACGGCAGCGUUGAUCCUUACGAACACAUUUGUCUCGGCGCAGAUGUUGUUCUAAAUGUCAUUCCCUGGAGAUACUUGAAGAUGGCAAUAAGUCGACAUUUUCAGACAGGACGGAGCUUUUGUUUUCACUGGGGUGCUUUUUUCAGACAUGAUCACUUGUUCACAUCUGAAUUUUCUUCGGUGUACGUCAUUUUAAAGGCGUUUCAGGUGCAAGAUAUAAGGACGGUGUUCCAUAUCACUGUUCCCAAAACACCAUUUUCAACAUCAACCACUUCGUGAAUCAGAUUCAGAGCGGCGGUCUUCACCGUGGUUGGUAUACAUGCUUGACUGGGAUGUUAUCACACACCACCAGAAGCGUUCAGUGACAGCCUAAUGUUUUGCACCUUGCUUUACUCCUGUUUGGAGCAUUCUGUGGCCCCUUUGGGGCUGUUUCGUGUACUGCACUCCAAAGAGUGUGCUAAUGUCACUCUGCACAUCCGUAGGUCUUAUAGAUCUGAAAUUACAAACAUCUGAAGGUCUUUCCUUUCACAUGGUGUAAUAUAUCUGUCGAAAAUUUUAUAUGCAGUUUUUGAAGUAUUUAUUCUUGUCUUUUAUAGCUAGACAAAAUUCAUGGCAUUUCAUCUUCCAGAAGUGUUUGUGUUUAAUCUGGCAUGUAAAUUUGAAACAUAUCAAAACAAAAAGGACAAUGUGUCUUUAAAGGAAAAUAUUGGGUCUAAAAAGAGCUUCAACUCAGAUAUGGCUUCCUGAGGGUUUUUAAGCCAUACGUGUGUGUCAUCCAUGUGGAGGGUCUUAGCCACGAGUGCAUAGAUACUUAAUAAAACUGCAGUACUAAAUAAAGUAAUGCAGUCGACAACAGGCAGGGUAACUUUUAAAGGGGUCAUCGGAUGCUACAUACACUUUUACAAGUAGUUUGAACUGAAAUGUGUUUGUACACAACGACCCUAUAAGGAUAAAAAUCCACCCACUAAAAAUCUUUACCCCUUUCUCAAAUCGAGCCGAUCUCAGAUGCCUGUCUUUGUGACAUCAUUCAGACAGACCCCUCCCACGGUAGUUUGAUUGACAGUAGCGUUUCAGCAUUGACUGGACUGGUGUCUUACAUUAGACCUGCCCUGAGUAAGCUGUCAACAACUCGAUCUACCUAAAUGUCUAUUUUCGUGCAAAUCAUUCGUGGUCCAGCUUCGCCUACAGAAAAAGUGAGUAUAAGGUUUUUUUAAUGAAUCUUUGCAAAUUGCCUUUCCUAAUAAAGUGUUAAUUAGCAAGAAUACAGGCUAGGAAGCGAGGGGCGGGGUCAACAGAGCUCAUUAACAUUUAAAGGAAAAUGCUACAAAACAGCUUGCUCUGAAAAGAGCUGCAUUUGAUAGGGUAAGAAGGGUGUUUUUACACUACCCUUGAGAAAAUUUACACAAACUAUGCUACACACUUUUCAUUAAGACCCUAAAGUAUCAUAGCAACUUGUGAAAAAUGGGCACCCGAUGAAUCCUUUAACUAAAGUUUAUUGAGAUUUCAAAACUGAAAUGUAUUUGAUUGUAAAUAUUAUGUUCACUAUGUAUAUAAGGGGUCUGUUUUUUGACAUUUUAUCUAUUUUUACACUUGUUUUGUAUCGUUAACAGUUUUGUGAUUUUGUGUGCUGCUGCCAUCAAUGGUCUUAAUAUUAAAUAUCUAGGCUGCUGUUAUUUGUAACACUUUUUAUAGAUUGUUUUGUAUUUUCAACUUUUAAAAUGUAAGUAAAUGUACC